AUGGCGGAUCAACUCCGGUUUGACGCGCUCUCGCCGGUUACGCCCGCCCUGCACACGCCAGGCUUUGCCGCCCUGGCACGGGAGGGUGUGCUCUUCUCCCGCGCCUACUCCUCCACCCCGACCUGCGCGCCCGCGCGCGCCGCACUUCUCACGGGCCGCUCGCCCUGGGGGCAUGGGCUGCUCGGAGUGGGCCCGAUCGCUCUUUCAUACCCGUGGGAGUUUCCACGCACGCUCGCGUCGGUGGGCUACCAGGCAGCGGUGGUUGGCAAGAACAACUUUGGCUGGAACCUGUCCGCAGGGCUCGAGGGUGGCCGGGAGCACAGUCACAGCUAUCAAAGCUGGCAGAUCUACGACGGCAAAACGGGCCAGCACGACCAGUACCGCGAGUAUUUUGCUGAGCAAGUGGGGUACCGCCGCGACAUGGCCAAUGGCUCGACACCUGCAAACGUUUGCUGGCCGACUCUGGAUAUGAACUCGUGGCGCGGGGCGGCGUUUGCGUGCGACGAGGAGCUGCAUCCGACGGCGUGGGCGGGCCGCAAGGCGGUUGCCUUCCUCCGCGCCCAUCGAGACGCGGGGCGCCUAGGUCGGCCGCCCUUCCUCCUCAAGCUCUCCUUUCACCGGCCCCACUCGCCGUACGACCCGCCGCAGCGGCUGCUCGACGCGGUGCAGUACGAUGCCAUCCCACCUCCGGCGCGCAGCGUUGAUGGGUGGUCGGCGCACUUUGCCACCUGCGACCAGCGUGGGACCGCGCACAAACCCUUUCCCGACUCGUGGUGCGGCGAGAUGCCGGCCGAGGAGGAGCGGCUCGCGCGCCGCGCGUACCACGCGAGCGUGCGUUUUGUCGACGAGAAGAUAAGCGCGGUGCACGAGGUUUUGCGCACUACGGGGCUGCUCGAGCGAACGUUGUGGCUCUUCCUCUCAGACCACGGCGACGGUCAGGGCGACCAUUUCCAUUGGCGAAAGGGAUACCCUUACGAGUUUUCUGCGCACAUCCCGAUGCUCCUCCGCUGGCCCGAGGCGUGGCCACCCUCCCUCCCUCCCGUGCGCAUUCCGCGCGGCAGCACGCUCGAUGCGGUUGUUGAGCUUCGAGACGUCGCUCCCACGCUUGUCCACGCCGCGGGCAUUCUUCCAGAGGCAAUCGGGCCGGCUGGCAUCGAAGGCAGCUCGCUGCUCUGCCUGCUGAGCGGAAAUAGCACCAAUGCUCCGCCCGUCAGCGGUGGCGGUUGGAGUGCGGUCGUCGACGGCGAGUCGCUUCUCAAGUACGUCUUCAACGCCCAAGAUGGCAGUGAGGAGCUGUUUGACUUGCGCGCGGAUCCAAAGGAGACGAUAAACCUCGCGACCAAACCCGCGCAUUCGCGGAGCGUUGCGCGGCUACGGGCGGCGCUCGUCAAGCAGUAUCAGAGGGAGGGACGCGGCGAGGGCUGGGUCCAAAUGGGCAAACUGGUGUGGCCCCGCCGCCGCCAGGCCACCGGGCAAAACUACCCGAGCCAGUCGCGGACCCGAAGAUAA